AUUAUGCAGGUGCAGUGGACAUUCUAUAGAAAAUGCAUUUUUGCAUAAGAGAAGAUGCGUAACAAUGAUAUGUAAUCUAAUUUACCAAUUACACUUGUCGUAAAAGAUAUCAACACAAAACAUGCCCUAUCCAUGGAUGUUUAACCAACAUUACAUGAAGAAACGUGCCGCUUUAUGAUUUAGCAACGAUUAACCGUAAAUAAGGUUUAACAUUAUUUACGUAGUUUUAAUACAAUUAAUUACAAUAAUAGACGUCCUUUUAACCCACUGACAAAAUCAUUAACCAAAUAAAUAUAUUAUUUUUUAAUCCGUUUAAUUGUGCAACCAGCCAGUGCGUGCGACAAUGCUAAAAAAAUAGUAAUAGAUUUUUAAAAAUAAAGUUUUUUUCGAAUUAAAUAUUGGUUGCCGGUAAUAAAAUGAGUUCGGGAAUAACUUUGUGCAGUGUUUUGGCUGUAGCUGUAGUGUUGGGGGGUGUCAGUGGAUGUCUUUCAGGAUGGGGAGCCUUCACUGAAAGCUUGCUCACUGAUGUCUGUCCAGCAUUGACGUCCAAGAUAAGUGGACUCGUCAAGGGUCAUUCUAUUGAAACCCCCGGCCCAAUAACCCCGGACAUCGUAAGCGAGAGUCUCAAAUGCGGCCGGGAACUAGCCAAGGCGUCCAAGCGUCGCGGCGCACAACUCAUCCGGAACGGGGUCAACCUGGCCGGCUGCUCGCCCGCGCUGCUUCACUUCUUCUCCACCAAGCUGCCCGCUGACGUCAAGUCUGUGGCGGAGAAGUCGCACGAGAUACUCACGGCUACCAAGAUCAUGCAGAUGCGGUUGUGUGGCGACGCGGAGUGCACUCCAAACACCUUCCUGUCGUUCCUCGAGCACCAGGUGAUCCGGCUCAACGACAUCUCGUACUGCAAGCCCUACUCCAUCACCUGCAAGAAGUCCGCCAAGUUCCGGACUAUUGAUGGCAGUUGCAACAACUUGAAGCAUCCCGCUUGGGGCCGGAGCAUUGCGCCGUUUACAAGGAUUGCGAAGCCGAAGUAUGCUGACGGAAUAUUCGCGAUGCCGGUGGCGCGCAGCGGGCGGGCGCUGCCCAACGCUCGCGUGCUGUCCACGCGGCUGUUCCAAGAUGCGCAGAUGAACAGCCGAGUGCUGUCGCACCUCAACACGCAGUGGGGGCAGUUCGUCACGCACGACAUGGUCUUCCAGGUCAUGGAGAGCACAGACGAAGGCGGCAUCAACUGCUGCGCGGGCAACGGGAACGACAUGCUGCCGCCCGAGUGGGAGAACGACAAGUGCAUCCCGAUCCGGAUCCCGGACAACGACGCCUUCUACUCGUACCAGGGCGUCAAGUGCAUGAACUUCGUGCGCAGCGUCACCGCGCCACGCGAGGACUGCAGCUUGGGGCAUGCUGAACAGAUGAACACAGUGACGAGUUUCCUGGACGGGUCUCCCAUCUACGGCUCGGACCCCAAGCUGGCCAAGAAGCUCCGCGCCAAGACUGGGGGCAGGCUGCGGACGGAGUCGCGACCCAAGUGCACUAAGGGCUUCCUGCCCAUGGUCGAGGACAAGUCGUCAGUUUGCGUGCUGAGGAACUCGUCGGAUCCUUGCUAUUUAGCCGGUGACGGUCGCAUAAACCAGACCCCCACCCUAGCGAUGUUACACACACUCAUGCUGCGCGAACACAACCGCGUGGCAGACAUCCUGGCGUCGCUCAAUCCGCAGUGGUCCGACGAGCGACUCUACCAGGAGGCCAGGAAGAUCGUGGUGGCCGAGAUACAGCAUAUCACUUACCAGGAGUAUCUGCCACUGAACUUUGGCGAGAACUACUUCCGCUACUACCGCAUAUCUCCCGUGUCGCUGUACAACCGGGACUACAGUGACGACGUGAACCCCGGCAUCGUCAACGCGUUCGGGGCGGCCGCGUUCAGGUACCUGCACACCAUGGUGCCCGCCUCCAUCGCCACCUGCCCCAGCGGUUACCAGGCCGUCUACCAGCAUAGACUAAGCGACCACUACAUGAACCCUAUACUUCUGGAACAAAGUCCAGAGUCGUUUGACGACAUCGUCCGUGGAAUCCUGGCUCACAGUUCGGGCGAAUCUGACCCCUAUGUCACAGGCGAAGUGACUAAUUUCCUAUUCAAGUGCUCCAGCGCUUGGGGCCUGGAUCUGAUCGCUAUGGAUAUUCAGAGGGGCAGGGACCAUGGACUUGCCUCGUACAAUGAUUAUAGAGAAAUCUGCGGCCUCACACGAGCGAGGACCUUCCAGGACCUAGCGAGGGAAAUACCGCAAGAUAGAAUCAACGCCCUCCAACAACUGUACGAGUGCGUGGACGACAUCGACCUGUUCGUGGGAGGUUCCAUGGAGAGAGACGUGGACGGCUCCAUACUGGGACACACAUUCCAGUGCAUCGUGGCCGAACAGUUCUACCGGACGCGGGUGGGAGACCGCUUCUUUUACGAUAAUGGCGAGAUGGCGCACUCUUUCACGCCUGACCAACUGAAGGAGAUAAAGAAAGCGUCGAUGGCGCGGCUAAUCUGCGACAACACCGACGGGGUGCAGUUCAUACAGCGCAAGGCGUUCGAGAUGGAGUCUGCGUACAACCCCAAGUGUCGGUGCGACGACUACUCCGCCAUCCCGUAUGUCGACCUGACGCCGUGGAAGAAGAGCAUAUUCGACUUGUCCGAUUAGUUUUGGACUUUAGCUUGUUAGUCAUAACUUCAUAAGGUUUAGUUUGGGAGAUGAUUUAUGUAUAAUUAAGGUUGUUAUUGGGGUUUUUUGGCGGAAAGUGCUAGCCUCUGGCGAGCGCUAAAUAAGUUUAGUUUGUCAUUUGUAAAUCGGAUCAUCUUAUUGUAUUUAGGUAUUAAAAGAUGUUCUUUGUUUUGUAGGUAUAAAAUAUUUUAUUGCAUUGUAAAUAAUAACUUAGGUUACAAAAGGUUAAAUACUUAUACAAAUGUUAUUAUUGAAUUGUAAAAAUCUUGUAUAAAUUGAUAUACUUAAGGUAUUUGAAUGAUUUAUUUUAAGAAUAUAAAUACAAAAUAUAUCCGUAUCA